UCAGCCAUUCAAAGUGCUGGGAUUACAGGUGUGAGCCACUACACCCAGCUGUCCAGCCUUUUUUUUUUUCUUUUUGAGACUGAGUCUCACUCUGUCACCCUGGCUGGAGUGCAGUGGGGUGAUCUCCGCUCAUUGCAACCUCCGCCUCUCAGGUUCAAGUGAUUCUUCUGCUUCAGCAUCCGGAAUAGCUGGGACUACAGGCUCACACUACCAUACCCGGCCAAUUUUUGUGUUUUUUUUCGUAGAGACUGGCUUUCACCAUAUUGGCCAGGCUGGUCUUGAUCUGACUUCAUGAUCCACCCACCUUGACCUCCCAAAGUGCUGAGAUUAUAGGCGUGAGCUACCACACCUGGCUGUAUUUUUUUUAUUUUUGAGACAGAGUCUUGCUCUGUUGCCCAGGCUGGAGUGCAGUGGUGCCAUCUUGGCUCACUGCAACCUCUGCCUCCUGGGUUUAAGCAAUUCUCUUCGUCAGCCUCCUGAAUAGCUGGGAUUACAGGUGAGUGACACUAUGCCCGGCUAAUUUUUGUAUUUUUAGUAGAGACAGGGUUUCACCAUCUUGGCCAGCUAGUCUUGAACUCCUGACUUCGUGAUCCACCUACCUUGGCUUCCCAAAGUGCUGGAAUUACAGGCGUGAGCCACCAUGCCUGGCCCAGCCUUUUUUGAUUGAUUAAAAGUGCAUGUUUCAACACCUGUUAAAAGAAGAAAAAAUUAUUAAUUUUUUUUUUUUUUUUUUUUGGAGAUGGAGCCUUGCUCUGUUGCCCAGGCUAGAGUGCAAUGGCAUAAUCUCAGCUCACUGCAACCUCUGUCCCCCAGGUUCCAGUGAUUCUCUUGCCUCAGCCUCCCAAGUAGCUGGGGUUAUAGGCACCCCCCAUGAUGCCUGACUAAUUUUUGUAUUUUUGUCAGAGAUGGGGUUUCACCAUGUUGGCCAGGCUGGUCUUGAACUCCUGACUUCAGGUGAUCCACCCACCUCAGCCUCCCAAAAUGCUGGGAUUAUAUAUAGGUGUGAGCCAAAGCACCCAGUCCUAAAAAAAUUUUUUAAGUGCAUGUUCUCAGUCUGACAGUUUCUCAAAUGAUUAAACAUAGAGGUACCAUAUGAUCCAGCAAUUCCACUCCUAGGUAUAUACCCAAGAAAAAUGAAAACAUAUAGCCACACAAAAAGAUGCAAGUAGAUGUAUGUGUAUAGCAGCAUUAUUCAUAAUAGCCAAAAGGUGGGAACAACCCCAAUGACCACCAACUGAGGAAUGGACAAACAAAAUGUCAUAGAGCCAUACGAUGGAAUACUAACAGGCCAUAAGAAAGCAUCAAGUACUGAUCAUGCUGCAUCACAGCUAAACCUUGAACACAUGACACCAAGGAAAACAAGCCAGCCGUAAAAGACACAUAUGAUUCCAUCCAUACAAUAUGUUCAGAACAGGGAAACAAACCUAUAGGCAGAAAGUAGGUUAGUGGGCACUGAGGGCAGGGUGGGGGGAUAAGGAGAUGAUAGCUAAAGUGUAUGGGGUUCCUUUCCAAGGUGAUAAAAAUGUUGGCCAGAUACAGUGGUUCACACCUGUAAUCCCCAACACUUUGGGAGGUCCAAGUGGGCAGAUUACUUGAGACCAGGAGUUCAAGACCAACCAGGGCAACGUGCAAAACCCUGUCUCUACUAAAAACAAAAAUUAGCUGGCCUGGUGGCAUGCGCCUGUAAUCCCAGCUACUCAGGAGGCUGAGACAUCAGAAUCGCUUGAAUCCAGGAGGCGGAGGUUGAAGUGAGCCGAGAUCACGCCACUGUACUCCAGCCUGGGCAACAGUGUGAGAUUUGGUCUCAAAAAAAAAAUUAAAGAUAUUCCAAAAUGAGCUGUAGUGAUGGUUGUACAUAUUUGUGAAUUGUAUACUUUAAAUGGGCAAAUUGUAUGGUUUGUGAAAUGUAUCUUAAUAAAGCUUUUUAUUUUUGAGACAGAGUCUCACUCUGUCCCUGAGGUUGAAGUGCAGUGGUAUAAUCUUGGCUCACUGCAAUCUCUGCCUCUCAGGUUCAAGUGAUUCUCCUGCCUCAACCUCCCGAGCACCUGGGAUUAUAGGCAGGUGCCACCAUGCCUGACUAAUUUUGUAUUUUUAGUAGAGAUGGGGUUUCACCAUGUUGGCCAGUCUGGUCUCGAACUCCUGACCUCAGAUGAUCCACCUGCCUUGGCUUCCCAAAGUGCUGGGAUUACAGGUGUGAUCGCCAGCCGCCCCCCUCCCUUUUUUUUUUUUUUGAGAGGGAGUCGCACACUGUCACCCAGGCUGGAAUGCAAUGGUGCGAUCUCAGCUUACUGCAACCUCCACCUCCCAGGUUCACGCCAUUCUCCUGCCUCAGCCUCCCGAGUUGCUGGGAUUACAGGUGCACACCACUACGCCCAGCUAAUUUUUUUGUAUUUUUAGUGGAGAUGAGGUUUCACUAUGUUGGCCAGACUGGUCUUGAACUCCUGACCUUGUGAUCUCCCAAAGUGCUAGGAUUUCAGGCAUGAGCCACUGCACCUGGCUUUUUUUUAAAAAAAAAUCAUAUUCUAUGGAGGACUGAGGGAGAGAGAUGAGGUAUUCUUCUUGGGACUCCUGGCUCUGGGCUGCUCUAGGAACUCUAGGGAUAUCUCUAAAUGUCUAGAUUCCUGCUAAAUGCAUCUGUCUCCCCCACCCUCCCAACAUACACAGUCAAUAUACCCACAGUAUAUUCUACUUUCAGGCCCCUCCUUGGUGCCAUACCAAGGGUGUUGGCACAACCACUUCCAGGACAGAAAAGAAGCCACACACAUCAUAUGCUGACAGCAUAGCCAUUUCCAGGUACCUGCUCUACCUUUUGCCUGUUAGCAGUGCAUGGGGCCCAUUUCCAUCCCCUCUCCAGUGACCAUAUUCCCCAGCAAUCCAUCUGAGGCCCUGGGAUCCCCCACCUCCUUCUGUAAGUCCCAGCUUUCCACUCUUAGGACUGUUUGGGAAAUCCAUAACUCACCUUCUUUUCUUUUGGUCCAAGCUGCCCAAAGCUGUCCUUCAGGCCCUUCAGCAAGCUUGCGUUCUCCUUUGUUUGUUUAUUUGAGACAGGGUCUCGCUCUGUCACCCAGCAGUUGCAUGAUCAUAGCUCAUUGCAGCCCCAGUCUCCUCAGUAGCUAGGACUACAGUAUAGGCAUGAGCCACCAUGCCUGGCUUUUUAGAACUUGUUGUUUUUUUGAGACAGAGUCUCACUCUGUCAACAGGCUGGAGUGCAAUGGUAUGAUCUCAGCUCACGGCAAUCUGGCUCCUGGGUUCAAGCGAUUCCCCUACCUCAGCCCUCUGAGUAGCUGAGACUACAGGCACACGCCACCAUGCCUGGCUAAUGUUUAUAUUUUAGUAGGGAUGGGGUUUCACCAUGUUGGCCAGAAUGGUCUUGAUUUCCUGACCUCGUGAUCUGCCCUCCUGAGCCUCCCAAAGUGCUGGAAUUACAGGCAGGAGCUACUGUGCCCAGACUAAUGUUUAAAUAUUUUGUAGAGACAGGGUCUUGCUAUGUUGCCCAGGCUGAUCUGGAACUCUCAGGCUGAAGUGACUCUCCUGUCUCAGUCUCCCAAUGUGCUGGACAACAGGUAUGAGCCACUGUACCUAGCCAUUCUUCUUUUCAUUUUAAAGGACCUAUAUAUAGUACUUACUUAUUAAAGAAAACCUGGAAAAUUUAGCAAAGAAGAAAAAAAAAAAUCCAUCCACAGUCCAUUCACUCAAAUGCCUGCUGAUUAUAAACCAAGAUGCGUGAGGAGGCAGGAGGGACCCAUGUGCACAUGGACGAAAGCUCCAAAAUUCAGACAGUUUCCUGACAACUGAGCAUGACAACAGCAGGGUGCAGGGCUCACACCCGUAAUCCCAGCACUUUGGGAGGCCAAGAUGGGAGGAGUGCUUGAGGUCAGGAGUUCAUGUUCAGCCUGGGCAAUGGCACAAUCUUGUGUCUACAAAAAAUAAAUAACAGCCGGUUGCGGUGGCUCAUGCCUGUAAUUCCAGCACUUUGGGAGUCCAAGUAGGCGGAUCACUUGAGGUCAGAAGUUCGAGACCAGCCUGGCCAACAUGGUAAAACCCCAUCUCUACUAAAUAUACAAAAAUUAGCUGGGCAUGGUGGUGUGUCUCUGUAGUCCCAGCUACUCAGGAGGCUGAGGCAGAAGAAUCACUUGAACCUGGGAGGCGGAGGUUGCAGUAAGCCAAGAUCAUGCCAUUGCAUUCCAACCUGGGUGACGGAGCCAGACUUUGUCUCAAAAUAAUAAUAAUAAUUUAAAAAAAAAUAAAAAUAAAGAAAAAAAUUAGCUAGGCAUAGUGGCUUGUAGCUGUAGUCCUAGCUUCUAGGGAGGCUGGGGUGGGUGGGAGGAUCACUUGAGCCCAGGAACAUGAGGCUGCAAUGAGCUAUGAUUGCACCACUGCACUCCAGCUUGGGUGACAGACUUUGUUUCAAAAUAAAGAAAAGAAGAAAGGAAGAAAAAGAAAGAAAAGGGAGGAAGGAAGGGAAGGAAGGGAUAGAAUGGAAGGAAGGGAAGGAAGGGAUGGAAUGGAAGGAAGGGAAGGAAGAAAAGGAAGGAAGGAAAAUAAGAAAGAAAGAGAAAAAGGAAGGAAGGAGAGAAAAAGGAUAUAAAAGAGGCAUAGCAAGGAGUUCUCAUCCAGGUAAUCUUUAGAUUCAUUUUUGCCUGGUGACCACACACUCCUCUUGGACCAAGCAGUGCUCUGGCCUCUAUGGGGAAAAGUCUCCCACAUGUUCUUCUGGACCUUGAGAUUAAAAGGAUAUCUUUUUAUUUAUUUAUUAAUUUUUUGAGAUGGAGUUUCGCUCUUGUUGCCCAGGCUGGAGUGCAAUGGCAACCUCCAUCUCCCAGGUUCAAGUGAUUCUCCUGCCUCAGCCUCCUGAGUAGCUGGGAUUACAGGCAUGCACCACCACACCUGGCUAAUUUUGUAUUUUUAGUAGAGAUGGGGUUUCAUCAUGUUGGUCAAGCUGGUCUUGAAAUCCUGACCCCAGGGGAUCUGCCCGCCUCAGCCUCCUAAAGUGCUGGGAUUACAGGCAUGAGCUGCCAUGCCUGGCCAAAAGGAUAUCUUUUAUAUCUCAGGGAUAGGAAAGGCCUCGCUAUGUAAGACACAAAAUCCAAAAGCAGUAAGGAAAAAAAUGGACAGAUUGAAGAUUAAAAACUUCUCAUAUCCAAAAGAUUCUCUAAGCUGUUAGAUAAAGUGGCAGACUAGGAGAAACCAUUUGCAACAUACUUCACAAGGAUCUUUUCUUCAGAGCAUGUAAAGAGCUCCUAAAAGUCAAGAAAAGGAUACACACAUGGUCAAAGGAUAUGACUAGAAAAUUCACAGGGUUCAAAUGGCCAAGAACCAUGAAAACAGAAAUUUGCACUAAAACAGCAGUAAGUUACACUUCCUUCCUUUGGCUUCCAGAAUGCCAUAGUAGCCUGGUUUUUCCCUCACUUCAGGGGCUCCUUCACUUUGAGAGUCUCUACUUGAUCCCUCUCUCCCUCCCUCCCUUUUUAAUUUUUUUCUUUUCUUUUUUGAGAUGGAGUUUCACUCUGUGGCCCAGGCUGGAGUGCAGUGGCAUGAUCUUGGCUCACUGCAACCUCUGCCUCCUAGGCUCAAGCGAUUCUCCUGCCUCAGCCUCUUGAAUAGCUGGGACUACAGGUGAGCGCUACCACUCCUGGCUAAUUUUUUGUAUUUUUAGUAGAGAUGGAGUUUCACAGUGGGCCAGGCUUGAACUCCUGACCUCAGGUGGUCCACCUGCCUCGGCCUCCUAAAGUGCUGGGAUUACAGGUGUGAGCCACCGUGCCCAGCCUCCUUCUUGAGCCCUUAACCUUGGAGUACCCAGGGCACCAUCCUUGGUCUUCUUGUCUUCUUUGUCUAUACUCAUCUGCGGCUUCAUCCACCCCCAGGUCCUCAGCCUGUCCCCCUGGGUCACAGCCUUCCCCUCUGCUAACUGCAGGAGUUCCCUUUGGUGCUGCCUUAAGAGAUUUUUUUUUUUUUUUUUUUUUAGACAGCAUCUCGCUCAGUCUUCUAGGGUGGAGUGCAGUGGUGCAAUCCUGGCUCACUGCAGCCUCCACCUCACAGGUUCAAGGGAUUCUCCUGCCUCAGCCUCCUGAGUAGCUAGGAUUACAGGUCUGUGCCACCACACCUGGCUAAUUUUUGUAUUUUUAAUAGAAAUGGGGUUUUACCAUGGUGGUCAGGCUGGUCUUGAAUACCUGACCUCGUGAUCCACCCACCUCAGCCUCCCAAAGUACUGGGAUUAUAGGCGUGAGCCACUGCACUCAGCAGAGAUUUUUUAAAACACUGAUAUACAUUCAUUGUUUUAAGAGCUUGGCAUUUUUAUGCUUUGGUGCGGGAGAGGGAGGCUUCAGGGAUUCACACUUAUGCAUAUACAUGAUGUUAUUUCUGUAAGUGCAAACAAUACAUUUAUGGCCACACGCAUGGCAGAGCCCAGAAAGUGACAAACCAAGACCUUAUGAAUGUUUAUCUAUGGGUUGUGGGACUACUAGAACUUAAAAAAAUGUCAUUAGCGGUGAAGGUCGGUUAGUUGGUACAGAGUUCGUCUCUGCAAGCAUGGUCGCCCUGGGAUGGAUUCCUUCUCCUCUUCCUCUGUGGUGGGUUUGGGUGCAGUGGACCCGAAGUUACAGCAUUUCAUCAAGGCAGAGACUCAAAAGCAGCGCUUCCAGCAGUUGGUGCACCAGAUGACUGAACUUUGUUGGGAGAAGUGCAUGGACAAGCCUGGGCCAAAGUUGGACAGUCGGGCUGAGGCCUGUUUUGUGAACUGCAUUGAGUGCUUCAUUGAUACAAGCCAAUUCAUCUUGCAUCGACUGGAACAGACCCAGAAAUCCAAGCCAGUUUUCUCAGAAAGCCUUUCUGACAGAUCUCAGCAUUACUUACCUCUUUGGAAAAGGAAAGUAGUUCAAGAAAUGAAGAGCUGUUGAUGGAAUGAUUGAAAAAACAGCUGAUUGAAGAUUGGCUCCCAACUUUUGUUACUCUUGGGACAUCCUGUCAUCUGAGAAUGAACAGACAAAUUUUUUUGUCUGUAGAGCUCGAAGGUCCUAUGUUUGCUUGUAUUUUUAAUGCUAAUCUUGUGAAAAUAAUUGACAAAUGAAUAGAAAACUCUAUUAGACAUAUAUUACUGUAUAUGGGACUAUGCUUUUCUCCAAGCCCCAUUAAGUGCUUCCUAAAAUUUUGAUAGUGGGACCACAUAUGUAAAAAUUUCUCAUUUGUGUGGAAUCAUUUCUGAUUUCAGGGGAGAUCCUUGUCUAUCAGAAAGGGCAGUAGUGGGGAAGAAUAAUUUGGUGUCCUUAUCUUGUGCUUGAUUAUCAAUGCUGGAGAAAAAGAUCUGUAAGAGUGUUUAUGGAGUACACUUUUCUUGAUGA